GAAUCGCUGUGGCAGCACGAGUGCGAGUAUUUGUUGAGUCGGUUCAAACCAUCAGCGAAGAAAAGAUUUUUCGUUUGAUCUAUCGCAUGUUCCUGCAUGGUGCAAACCCGGUCACCAUCACAAAAGGAUCCCUUGUUCUGUUCCCGCUGUGCGUUCGUUUUGAGGACGAGUCGGUUUUUGUCCACAGUGUUGUUGCUGCUGUUGCUGCUGCUGCAAUCGGCCCGGGGUCUUCGGAUUUCGGAGGGCUUUGCGAUGGGCUCCAAACUACCCGACGCAAAAACCGAUCCGAACUCGUACCAGAACGACGAUCGGACCCUGUACCACCUCCCCCCACCGCCCCGCUGUGAAAGACACCACACGGAACGAGACGACUACGAUUUAGACGCGCUGGCGACCGCACUGGAAACAGAUGGCGUYGUCGUUCUUCCRGACGUCUAUUCCAAAGAACAGAUCGAGGCCUUUCGGGAGGCCCACUCGCAAAACUUUUCGAUCGUGACCAAGCUCAUGGCGGGUCGGGACGUCCGCCCAAUCGACAAGCCCUACCGGCACGAUUUCGACACRAAGCGGUACUACCUCAUGCCACACUAUUCCAUCGAAGACGAGGAGACCGGCGAGUCGGACGAGGUGAUCGAAAUCAGCCCGGGCCGGCUCGAUUAUACCUUUGGCAUGAACCCGUACUGGGACGACGACGAGGAGGAGGAGGAGGAAGAAGAGUGCGGGGACGAAAAAAACCCGUUCGCUUCCCUUGAGUUUCGGCGCCCCAAGAUACUCGCCGAACUGAUGGAUCGAAUGCUCCGCUCGGAUUAUAAAUCCUAUGCGGGGGCACUACCCGUCUCGGCGGCAAACGACAACGAUAGCGACGACAACGAAAGCAACAGCAAUGUUCCGAGGGACGGACCCUGGCACCGGGAUGUCUACCUCCUCUUCGACGACGAGACGGUCGACGUCGGGCUUCCCCAUCCGUAUUACUUCACCGUGCUGAUCCCCCUGGUGGAAACCAGUGCCGAGAACGGUGCGACGGAGUUCUUGCUGGGGAGCCACAGACAGACCUGCGGGGAGGCACUCCAACGCAGCGGCAAUUCGUUCCAACCCCGCAUCCAGCCAGGAUCGGUGGUCGUCUUUGACGGAAGGAUAUGCCACCGCGGCCGGGGAAACAAUACCCGCGAAGACCGGACCGUUCUGUACAUGGUCUGGACUAAGCGGUGGUACAACGAUUACUAGAUACUACCACACAAUGAUGCAUGCGAUGCGAUGGAUCGAGCAUUGUAAAUGUUUAUCACAACCCAGGCCAUGCAUUGAAAUGUAAUUGAGGGCCAAAAAUUGGGUUGCGACCCGACCCUAUAGUUUUAUGUUUA